AUGAUGAACCAUAUCAAUAACUCCAACAACGACCAAGACAUUGAAAGACCUCCUCAUUUCAAGAACGUCUUUGCCACAAGCGAUGUUGCCUCUAAUCCCUCGGAGAUGAUCAACACGAACAACAUUGUCACGUCGGAAUCAAGAAGACCGUCCCUUGUUCCAAUCCCUGUCAAUAUCCAGCAGCAGCAACAGCAGCAACAACAACAACAACAACAACAACAACAACAACAACAACAACAGCAACAGCAACAGCAACAGCAACAUCAACAGCAACAGCAACAACAACAACAACAACAACAUCAACAACAGAACCAGCAAAUCCAACAGAGCCAUCUUCAACACAACGUUCAACAGCAGGUUGAAGGGGAGAAAAGCUCGGGCGUUGUUGAUAUCCGCCACCUCACAAUCACUCCUUCCAACCCAGAGUCUCUUCAAUCUCAAGAUAACGUAUCUGCAGUACCUUCAGCUCAAAUGAUGCAAGUUGAUAUGGACCUGAACACUGACACCGAAUCCAUCCAAUCUUUGGAUGGCACGGCUAGGACAAAUCCAAAUCCCAUGAUUCCCUCAUCUGCUAAAUUGUCAACAAAAUUCCAACUGACCGAGUUGCCUCAAAUUCCAUCAUUCCAACAGUUGACCCAAUCAAAGAGAAACAAAAUAUCAAACAAAUCAAGUAAACACAUUAAAAAUUCUAAAAAGUUUCGUUCAAAGUCACUACCUAAUAUUUACAUACCUUCGAAACGUUCACAACAGAGACUGCUGGAAUUAUCAAGACAUAACUCCUCUAAAUUUCAGAAUAAUCAUCCAUUCAAUCAGCAAUAUCAACAACUCCACUUUCAACAGCAGCAAAACAAACAACAAUGUAAUCAUCAAAACCAAAAUCACUUGAUACAACAACAGAUGCUGCUCUUACCGCCUGUCAAUCUACAAUCAAUGCAUGAAAUAGAUUUACAAGAGGUUUUGAAAAAUCCGCAGUUGAGACAUGACAUUCUCUUUGAUCCCCAGCUACAAUUCAGACCCAACCUGGAUGGUGAGAGAGGCAAAAGAAAAAGAAUCCAAUCUGAUAAUUAUUGGAAUAUGAUUAAAUCAGAAGCUAAAUCUUUACUUAGUCAUAAUAACCAUCAUUACGUCAAUGAAAACUCUCCCAUUCUCAUUAUGUUUAAAUGCUUAAAGUCCAUUAUGGUAUCUCUGAUCCCUUCAAAGGAUAUAUCCUCAAUUGAUGAAAUUCUUGAUGAUAGUUUGCUGGUACAACAAUUAAAUGGAAAAUGCUUUGACUUUCUUGGAUUUUCAAAUUGGAUAUGUUCUGUUUUCAAGCUACAUUGUGCUCCAAUGAGAGACUCCUGGGUUGAUGAGUUAAAUUCUUUAUUCCAUAAAGCUUGUUCAUCUGCGGAAGUUGAUAUAAACUAUUUGGUUGAAGGAUUCAAGACACUCUUUUUGAUUUUAGAAGCAAUGAAGUUAGAUGUGGCUAAUCAUCAAAUUAGAAUUUUGAGGCCUUUACUAUGCUCUUCUGCAGUCACUUUUGAAAAAGAAUACUUUAAUAAUGCUAUCAAGAAGCAUAAAAUAAACUUUACGCCUUCACUCCUAUGGUUUAAGAAAAACUCGAUUCAUUUAAACUCUAAGAAUCCAAAGGAGAUUCUAAAUUACUCUAUAUUAAAUCUCUUGUCAUGCUCAAAUAUGUGUUCCCAAUUCCCAAACACUCUAAAUUUUGAUCAUACUCGGUUAUUGUUGUUGAGAGUCGACGUCAGGCACAUCAUUUGUACAAAGUUGUGCUCGAUCCUUUAUAAAACAUUGGUUCAAAUGCAUAAAUUGGACAAGUCACUACUCAGUGACGAUAACAUGAUGAAAUUUAAAUCUGAUAUUCUAAAUAUCAUAGUUGAUGACAAAGGGAACUCCAAAUGGACGAAAAACUUGAAAAACUUAUCGAUUCAAAUGAUCAAUAAACUCUUUGGUAAUUUGGAUUCCCAAAAAAUUGAUUUCGCUUAUAAUUGGUUAUUAAAGCAAACUCAGCCAAGUUCAAAGGUUUAUUCUAUUUUAGAAUCUAAGUUAUUUGAAAAAAUACAAUCACAUUUAGCCAUGAAAGACACAUAUACCAAUAAUAACGAUACCACAAUAAAUGAUGAGCUAAUAGUUAAUGUCGAACUCAAUGAUGUCAUUGAACGAUUGACCCAACUGAUUGAUUUCAAUUAUCAAGUCUUUGGCGAUCUAUACACCAGCUACCUAAAUUAG